CUGAGCUUUGAGAAAGUCAUCAACGCUUUGCUUUCCAAGCCAGUUUAUUACCUGAGUAUAACAAAGCUACGGACCCAUGCCAAGGAGAAGUGCUUCAUCGAUGAUGAGGAAGAGUUUACUACCAUGGUGAAUUUCUAUCAUGACCUGGGGAUAAUUAUAAAGCACCGUAGCACAGUCAUCUUGAGUACCCAGUGGCUGAUAGACUUGUUCGGGCAGCUGAUCACUAUUCCAGAUUUUACGAAAAUGGUAAGAAAUACAAUUUAACGUGCUUUUAAACUUGCCAUAUUUUAUAACGGACCCCAUUUUGGAUGACAUCACGGAUGUCAAACCGUGCCGUAACAAAUAAAAAUGAUUAUGUCACAUGCAUUGCACGCUAUCUUUCGUGUGUGUGUCAUCAGCACAAUCUACCUUUAAAGGGGUGCAAUGGAAGUACAUUGCAUGACUUGUAGAAUUAUCCUCAAAUGUAAUCUUAAAGGAACGUCUCGCAACAAAAAAGAGUGGAAAGAUACAUAUGUACGUGUGCUGAAACCAGUGACUCUUUAUGUCGACCAAUCAGAACGCGCUUUUAUAGUUUGUGGAAGUGAAAUUUGGACCGUAAGAAUUUUCCGGCGAGUAAACCAAAUGGAGGAUUCUGGCAUUUACGUGGCGCUUUAAAGAACAUUCUAUAGAUUUAAAAUCUGAGGUCUGUUAAAAAGGUUAUGAUCUUUUUUCGCCCCCAGAGAGAUUUAUUCACAGUUGUACUUUCUAGGCAGUCUUUCGUAAUUUCCAUUUUAUAUGUGUCCUCGCACAAAUCCGCAAAUUACAAGGAGGAAAGUUUUCCUUGAAUGUUUACUUAAAAUGUUAAGUAGUUUAUUUCUUUUAGAGAACUUGCUAAGACUUAUUAAUAUAACAUUUAGAAAUGCAAAAUGAUCCUGAAUAAGACCUUUCUUGCGAAAAAUAGUUUCUUUAUAUUCCUCUUGUUAUUCCGUCUUAGGUCUCUAAGUUUGCAAAGCACUGGAAGGAAGUCGAAGAAAGCGGUGUUCUCAGCAUGGAACUGCUUGAUCAUGUGUUUUCCAAAUUUCUUCUGGAGGGCGUUGCCAGGAAAGACAUUCUGGAUUUGAUGGAACAAUUUGGAUUGAUUGCAAAAUUUUCAUCUUCAAAGACAGGUGAA